AUGGCACAGAAAAUAACGCUGAUCACGGGAUGUUCAUCGGGGAUUGGUCUCAAUCUGGCAGUCAAACUGGGAAAGGACGCCGCGAAAAAGUAUUUGGUUUAUUCGACCAUGAGAAACCUUGGGAAGAAAGGGCCUCUUCAGGAAGCGGCGGAUAGCGCCCUCAACGACACGAUUUUGAUUCGUCCUCUUGACGUCAAAAGCGAUGACUCGGUGAAAAAUGCUGUCAGCGAAAUCAUCAACGAACAUGGUCGAAUCGACAUUGUUGUUAACAACGCUGGUAUAGCUUCAUUCAACCCAAUCGAGUAUUCCCCUAUGCAUGACAUUCGAGAUGUGUUGGAGACAAACUUCUUUGGACCGGUUAGGGUUAUACGAGCAGUUCUACCUUACAUGAAAGAACAACGUUCGGGACAUGUCAUCAACGUUACUUCCGUUGCAGGGGUCGCUGGUUAUCCAUUUUAUGAGACGUACUGUGCUUCUAAACAUGCCAUGGAGGGGCUUACUGAGUCGCUGGCCAUUAGGAUGAAAUCAUUUGACGUAAAACUUUCAAGCAUAUUACCUGGUCCAGUCGAUACAAACAUCAAUGAUAAUAUUGUGGAAUGGAAUAGACUGCCUGCGAAAGGAGAGGUUGAUCAAGUUACACAAAAACAACUCGAAAUUUUGAGAAUUCAUGCGAGGGAUCAUUUCGACAAUAUGGCCCAGACCUCGGACGAAAUAUGUGACGUCAUCUGUAACGUCAUCGAAACGGACGCUCCCAACAAACCGAUCAGGUUUAAAACCGGCGAAUUUGUUGAUUCCAGGGUGUCAAAGAAACUUGUUGAUUUUGGUGGGAACACGUGGGUUGAAUUCGCUCGGAAACUGAUCGAGGAACCGAUGGACCUCACAAAAUCCGAAAAGUGAGAAGGUGCAGGUCUAAAGACUAACUCGUACAUAUCUGCGCUUGUCCAGUAAGCUGUGAAUCAGCAGAGUGAUUCUAAGAACGCCCGUUUGGAUACAUUAAUUUGAAAAAAUGGAAAUGUGGUCGAUUUACAGUCGAAGUGUUGGGGAGGGGGUACGGGAGUGGGUCCCUCUAGAGGUGAACCUUUUGUUUUUGCGAGAAAGAAAUAGUUUUAGUUAACACUUGCUUUAUUUUGUUAUUACUCCCACCCCGUAACCCCCCCCCCCCCUCUAUAUCUCACUCUCUCUCCCCCCCUCUAUCCAUUCAUAAUAUUUGUUUGUUUCUCUGUAAAUUGCGAACUCAAUAAUAUUUUACUUUCAAAUUCUUCCAACUUUGUUUAUUCUAGCGUAAAAUGUUGCAGUAUUACAACUUCAUGUUUUUACCUCUUUCAUAAUGUUUGUACCUUUUUUCUUCCGACUUUCUGCUCCACUCCUCCCCUUUGCUCCCCCUCUCUCUUCCUUUCUCUCCCUUUCCACCCCCACCCCUCUCUCUAUCUGCCUCUCCUCUCCCUCUCUCUCCCUUUCCUUUCUUGCAUUCUUGUUCUAUCUCUGCUCUCCCCCCUUUCACUUCUGCUAAACCUACUCUCAUUAGUUUUGCUUGAUAAAUGUGACGUAUGUAUUUGUUAUGAAUAUUCUCAUUGUAUACUAUAUGAUAACGCCAACUGUUUAUAUUAAUUUUGAUCUAUUUAGGCAAGUUUUUUUUUUAAUAUUUUAAUAUCUUAAGCACUGUGUCAUUAUGCAAUUUAUUAUCAAAUAUUGUUGUACUUGUUUUGUAAAAUAUUCUGCAAUUCGGCCUUUAGCUGCGAAUGAAUUUUCAAUAAACCAUUACUAUUAAGCCU